UCGCCGCCUUCGCCUCGGAUAGAACUAAUUACUUAGAAGAUCAAGAGACAAGAUGGUAGACCGAGCUAGCGACUCUGUGGUAGUAGUUACCGUGACAACAAGUAACACGACCAUAGACCAUAGUACUAGUAUGGACGAUCCUCGUUCAGAACACCGGAAGAAUGCUGGACAUGGGCUGGGUUGGACUUGGAGCUGAGGCCGUCUAGAUCUACGUGUGGGGGCCUCAGACUCAAAGCUCUUGAUAUGAGAGUGAGAGAGGUGUCCGACUCGAAAUCAUCUGACUGUUGAAUGAAAGAUCUGAGUCCUUGACAUGACCUUCAUUCUUGAAACCUUAUUUUAUAGAUCCUACCGAGCUGAUUGACUCUGAAUGAGAUUUACGUGACACCGGGCGCUGCAGAUACCUAUCCAAAGUAUCCGGCUUACCUUCGUGGUGACUCAGUGGUCACUGUUGGAACACUGUGACCAAUUUGGUGUACGCAGUUCGUCCGACAUCGGAUGUUUCACUUCAGACCAGAACCCAUCGCACAAAAUUAAUCGUUUGCUGAGUCCUGCAGAACACGCACAGCCCCUAGGCUAGCUAGCACUGUACUGAUAUCACCGUUGACGCCAGCCAGCUGCAGCCAAGCUACAACUGGGCCUCACAAACCGCUGGACUGUUCCUUGGCCUACAGUUUGGGAGUACACAAUUAUAUACACUCACCCGCGCACAGGAGAUACUCGUACGUGUCCUUGAAGAAUCCUUGCCAUGCAGUCGCAGUCUCAUGGUCAUACGUUGGACAUCGUAUCCUGCUUACAGGUGCAACGGCAAUGUGACCAGCUACGUCGUGAGCACGCCAAGGCGGAGAAGACGAGUAGCAAGCUGUUCGAGGCGCUGCUGGCAAGCCAACAGACCGUGGCCAAGCUUAAUGCGCGCUGCAAGGCGUUGGAAGGAGCCGAUCGUCCUGCAUCAGCUUCAUGUGGUGAAUGCAGAAGAAGAGCACAGAAAGACAGGGAGCAGUCUGACACGACAUCUUCACAGAGUUCCAGAAUAAGUUCAGAACAGAUUGCCAUGCUGCGGGUUCAGCUUGAGAAGGAACGCCGCAAGACAGCAGCACAGGCGAAGUGCAUUGCCAAGAUGGAGGCAAUGCACCAGGAAACGGACACUCGGCAUGAGUUGUCGAAAGAUCGCUGUGCACAGUUGGAAGCUUGCAAUGGCGAACUGCAGUCGCAGCUGCAUGCUGCUCGUCAGGAGAUGAAGUGUCUCCAGGACCGACUGCAGGAGAAGCAGGGUCGCGUACCUGCAAAUGCCAGAGCACUGCAGCAACUUGCCAAAGUCACACGACAAAGAGACCAGCUAUUGCACGAAAGAGAUAGAUUGAAAGCUGAGCUAUCCGUCAUUGACAAGGACUUCUUCCGCGAGAUCGAGGACAUGAAAAUCUCUCUGCAGCAGGCCGUGCGUCUCAACCAGUCAUACGAGCGAGCGCUGCGACAGGUCUGCCAGAAGUAUCGAUUGCCGUUUCCGGUGGACAUUUCAGCCCAUGUGAUAUAAACACUACUAUGUACUAAUAUGUACAUCGUGCCUGUACAUGAUUGCACUGCAGUAAGUCAACAUACAAUGUAUCCAGGACGAUGUCAUGCAAUGUAUUUUUUAACCCUUUAUGGGUCUCACAUAAGCGUAAGGGUCGUAUGUGACCCUUACAGUAAAAUCGCAUUUUCUGUGAGUAUCGUUGCUAGGAGACAACUAAAAUGGUGCUCCACGCGUAGCUGAGGUCCAAGGCUUUCCAACGGUGUAAAAAACAACCAUACUUACCAUACAAAUUUUUGCAGUAUCGAUCGACUGAAGUCUGGUGAAAUUGGAAAAGACGACCAUCCGCCAUGCGCGCAUUUCGAGAAUGGGAGUGCAUCUCUUGAGGCCGUGUCAGAAACGCUUCCUGGGGACACUGACGGCACCAGUCUAGGCUGGUUGUCCCUGGAGGAUUUCCAGCGUAAUGUGGUGAGAAAGAGAGCUCCGUUGAGUUCUCCUAGCUCAAAUAAAUCGUCCCCGAAUGAAGAAAUCAAAUUUACCAACCAGCGAGGAAGCACAGCAACAGCAACUCUUACAAGGCCUUGUCAGUUUUUCGAUUUUGACAGCAUGUUACAAGGCGAGGACGCGUAGUGCUCCGGAGAGCCCAAACCCCCUGGGGGGACGCACAAUUAAUUAACUACGAGUGAACCCAAGACGGUCCAGCGCAACAGCCGAGGUAAGCAAUGCUGACUUCCGACAUUUGAUCCCCAAAAACCGGUGUACCUCACCUGAACAACAUACUGGAAGCUGCACUGAACUUAUGUUUCCAUGUUACCAAUUGCAACAUUCCACAAAUCAUUCAUAAUUGAAGGAAAAGUAACCCUGAAGCUGAUUCAAGAAAUAUAACUCUGUUUUAUUUGUGGAAUUCAUGAGGUCCGUGAACAAGACUAUUAGUAUUACCAAGACCAACAGCAACAACGAGAACAACACUAAGGAGAACAACAACAACAACAACAACAACAACAACAACAAUCAACGACAAUUACAACGACAACAACUAUUACAACAACAUCAACGUCCAUCAACACCCAGACCACAACACCAACGUGCAGACGGGGUGUUCCGACGUGGUGAAGGCCUACCCAUGGCCUCGUCGGGACAUCACCAACCUCGUCGGCAGCGAGCACCUUCUCACAACAGUCGUCAUGGUGAUGACUAUGACUGUUACAGCUGACGAGCUGAGAGAAGGACGCCAUGGGCAGAAGUUGAAAAAAGACAAGAAAAAAGAAAAAGAACAAAAGAACAAAAAAAGAAAAAAGAAAUAAAUCACAAAUAAUUUAAUUACAGAGGAAGACAAGAAAAUAACAUCACAAAUCCUUCCAGACGUGAUCCCUGCAGCGGCAGCAACGUGAACAAUACUAUACUACGGCGGCAACACGACGACUUCUACAACACAAAAAAACGAAAAUUAUAAAAAUCCUACCAACCCGUAGAGUAACGAGGGUCCGAACCUGGGUUUUCCCAAUACGGUUCAAAUGGUCGCAAGACCGGGACUCUGCCAACCGGUUUAUGGUUGUAGUCAGGAGCACUACGCGUCCUCGCCUUGUAACAUGCUGUCAAAAUCGAAAAACAUGUUAACUACCAAGCAAGGCUUCUGUAUAUACCAAGGCCUUGUCAGGUGCGAUCAGCUGAUUCGCCUGGCCGUGAGAAUCACGGCAUGCGUGACAUCGCGCCUGAGUACUCAUCUGAGCGGGAGCGAAUCUGACGCGAGCAGCGCUGAGGUGAACGAACCAAAUUUGUGAUAUUGUGGAACUUUUGCUGCUGGUGCCUCGCCGAUGGCGAGGUGUUGGAGUUCAAGGACGGAAUUAGCAGCAUAUAUUCUUCACCAAGACGUAGCGCUUACCUGAUUGUUUAUCAUAGGACUUCAGCUCCAUCACGAACUUGGUAUGCACUUCGUGCUGUGAUUUUUGUGUUUUUUGUUCGCAAUUGUAUUUUCUCUCAACUUGAAGGGCUACCACGGGUCAUACCCUUGCCUGGACAUAGUCAUAUUUGUGUUUUCUGGACUCGUCCAGGCAUACAGAUUUUGAAAAUAUAUAGUUUACCCAUACCUACAACUUACAGAACUUGAGUUAUGGCUGGUUGUUUGUACGCGUGUUUGCGUGACCACCCCUCACAUACAUUGAGUAAGACCCACAAAGGGUUAAGUAAAAAUGAUAUCAUUCACAUAGUUGCUGUAUAUUAUCACUAGUUCCAGCAUACAUACAUGUACAGCCAUACUGACAUGAUCACGCCAGUAUUACAUAAUCAUUAUUAAUUUUAUCUGGUGAUUUAGUUCAGUCCUCCCACCACGUGCACUCUCCAGGGGACCUUGUUCGAGCCGGAAAGUGUAUGUGGUGGGGAGUUUGCCAAAAAGGUUGAAAGCUGCUGCCCCCCCCCCCCCCAGUUAUUUAUCUGGCCACUGAGCUUGUAUACGAAGAACAUUCAAAUCCCGUUACAAGCACUGGUGCUAGUAUUUGUUCUCAACACUUAGUGAUUAUGCCACUUGGCAGCAAUCUGCAACAGACUGCUUGUACUUUUUGUAGAAAAAUAAUUUUAUUAUUUAAUUUA